AUGGGGAGGAAGCUCAAGACGCUGGGCAAUUGGGUGUUGUGCGGGUGGAACGCGGAGGAAUCCGGGACGCGCAACGACGCUGAUGAGAGCGAAGUGCCUGAUGCGCUGGUGACGAAGACUCUGCCGAGGCUGCCGGAAGGGCCGUUGGAGGAGGUGGAGGCUCGCGUGCUGGCGUCGCCCAAGCGGAAAAAAGGCAGAGUUAAGGACUCCUAUCAUCUUGGGAGAACAUUGGGGACUGGAGGUUUUGCUGCUGUGAUGAUGGCCACUGAGAAGAAAACUGGGCAAAGAUUUGCCUGCAAAAUUAUGUCGCUUCCUGCAAAGGACGCCCUGCUCGAUGAAGACACGAUGUCAAGGGAGGAGGUUCUGAAGGAAGUUGAAAUUGUAAGCCGGACAAAUCAUCGCAACAUACUGGCUCUGAAGGAGUUCUUUCUGAGCAAGACAAAGGUUUACCUCAUCACUGAGCUGUUGGAGGGGGGUCAGUUGCUUGAUGCCUUGCUCUCGCGCACAGAUCGUCACUACACUGAAGCAGAUGCCAAGCUCAUCAUGAAGCAACUUCUGGAGGGCUUGGCCUAUUUGCACGAAAGGAACGUGAUUCACAGAGAUCUGAAGCUGGAGAAUCUGAUGUUGGGCAAGCCUGACGAUAUAAAUCAAGUCAAGAUUGUGGACUUUGGCCUGGCCAGGCACACAGUCAACUUGAUGACAACUGUCUGUGGCACACCACAGUAUGUUGCUCCGGAGGUCAUCAAGAAAGAUGUCAAAGAAUACACCAAGGCUGUGGACAUGUGGGGUGUUGGUGUAAUAAUGUUCAUUCUGUUGUCAGGGGCCCCACCAUUUUAUGACAGGAACGAAGCAGUGAUGUAUGCAAAGAUCCAGUCUGGAAAGUUCAGUAUGGAGGAAGCUGUGUGGAAGAACGUGUCUAACAGCGGCAAGGACAUGGUGAAGAAGCUGCUGAUGGUCGACCCCAAGGAUAGGUUAACUGUGGGGGGGGCCCUUGAGCACGAAUGGAUCACUGGUGAAGUGUCCAGCACGCCCUUGGAGGGAGCCCGCCGGAAUCUGGAGAACAAGAGCCCUAUGUACAAGCUGAAGCGAGCUGGGGCGGCGGUUGUGGUGAUUAACAGGAUCCAGAAAGAGAAGGAAGAUCUGGUGCGGUCAGUGGAGCAGGAGGAUGAGGCAGACAUUGAAGAUGCCGAGUUGGAGGGAGGCAAGCCCCCCAGUGAAUCACCCAAUGGCAUGCGAGCUUCGUAA